AUGCCCAUCAGCAGGAGUCAAACAUGCACUAUUAUUGAUGGAAUGGCAGCUGUUCAGUCCUUCGCCAACUCUUCAGGAGCAAAAACCUUUGGUGAGUGGAGUGACUGAUUUCUUCGUCAUGUCACUUACCAUUUUUCGGACAGUUGUACAAGGGUUGACGUGCUAUUUGACAGAUAUGUCAAGAACUCGAUAAAAGGAGGAACCAGGGACAAGCGCAAGGAGAAAAAGAGCACAGGGAUUAGGCGCAAUGUGGAUAACAGAGAUCAGAGAAUUGGAAACUGGGAAAGGUUCAUCAUUCUAGAAGAUAACAAGGCUAGCCUAGCUCAUUUCCUCUCUACUGAAAUCUCGGAGAGUUACAGCGCACCUCCUGGGCGAGAGCUGGUGAUCAAUGGAGGCUUCAAGGAGACACUGAAGGUGUGGUCAUCUGACACAUCACGACAAGAUGUAAGAGAGCUCACAUCAGAUCAUGAGGAGGCAGAUACUAGAAUAGUACUGCAUGCCCAAGACGCAGCAGCAAGAGGGUACAAGCAAGUCAACAUUUUGUGUCGUGAUACGGAUGUUCUUGUCCUCCUUUUGGCACACCGAGAGCACCUUUGUCAAGAGAUAUGGAUGUUUGCGGGUACAUCAAGACAAAGGUGUUACAUACCUGUUCACAGAAUCCCGCUCUCCGAGGAGAAGAGGAAGUCGCUUCUGGCAUUUCAUGCAAUUACUGGCUGUGAUAAGACAAGCUAG